AUGCAAAUAAAUGGCUCGAAAGCUGCAAGAAUCACACAGUUUGAACUGGUGGGUUUUCCAGGUCUCCUAGACUACAAGAUGUUUCUCUUUGUUGGAUUCCUCAUACUUCUGUUAAUUACAAUUACUGCGAAUGUCCUUAUUCUCCUUCUAGUGUCACUGGACCACAGGCUUCACACACCUAUGUACUUUUUCCUUUGUAAUUUAUCCAUUUUAGACAUGCUACUAGUAACAUCAAUUAUUCCCAAACUUCUGGCCAUUCUCUCUGGCUAUGACAAUACCAUUUCUUUUGCUGCUUGCUUUGGACAAAUGUAUUUCAUUAUAUCUUUUGGUUCAACAGAAAACUGCUUGGUGGCAGCAAUGGCAUAUGACCGAUACAUUGCAGUUGUUAAGCCCUUACAUUAUAAUGUGAUAAUAAAUCUGAAAAAGUGUGUGGUUAUAAUGACCACCGUGUGGACACUAGGAUUCCUAGUUCCUUCUGUUUUCAUAAUAGUAGCUUCAGAGCUGCCGUACUGUGCUUCAAAUAAAAUCAGGCACUGUUUUUGUGACUAUCCAGCAGUGCUUUCCCUGGCUUGUGCUGACAUUUCUGAUUAUGAAAAAGGAGCAUUUGGUCUUGCUUUGUUUGUAAAUUAUGUACCCUUACUUUUUGUACUGUGGACAUAUGUCAGAAUUAUAGUUUCUGUUGUAAAACUCAAGACAAAGGAGAGCCGAGCAAAAGCCUUUUCAAUGUGCUCUUCGCAUGUGACUAUAGUGUUGAUGUAUUAUAUUUCCGCUUCGUAUAUGUUAAGAAUCACUGGAGUCUCAGAUGAUGGGCGUAUUUUCAUUGGAGGCUUGAAUUACUUUUUAAUGCCAAUGGUGAAUCCAAUGAUUUAUAGUUUAAGAAAUAAAACUAUGAAGGAAGCAGCAAAAAGAUAUAUUAAACUCAAAUCUUGUUCUCCACACAAUCCAAAAAAAUCCAUUACCAGGAUGGAAAGGGACUUAACAAAAUAA